CCGGGGCGCCCCGGCGGCGCUGAGGCGGCGGCAUGACGGAGAGGCGACAGCGGGCCCGGGUGCAGGGCGGCUGGGCUGGCGCCCCGGCGGGACGGCUGGCGGGCAGGGCCCCGCUCCCAGCACCUAAGGCACCUGUGGCCACCAGCCUUGCCCCUGCAUGUGCCAGACCAGCUUGGAUGAAGAAAGAUCAGCCUCACACUCAAAAGCAAUUUGUCUUUGAAAAGCCAUCAGAGGUAGAGCGCAAAGUUCCCGAGGCAGGUGUGAUAGACAAACCCGGUGUCUACGAGCUCAGCAAAGCACCAACCGGCGUUUCCAGGAUUCAUUUGAUUCCUGGCUUUGUUGACUCGGAACAAGCUGACUGGAUGUUUGAACAGCUCCUCCAAGACAUACCCUGGGGUCAGAGAACUCACGUCAGACAGGAAGUAUCUUUCGAGGAACCAAGGCUUACCUCCUGGUAUGGGGAACUUCCUUACACGUACUCCAGGAUAACAAUGCAGCCAAACCCCAAUUGGCAUCCUGUGCUGACCGUGCUGAAGGAGCAGAUUGAAGAGUUCAGUGGUUAUACCUUCAACUCCCUUCUCUGCAACCUCUACCGAAACGAGAAGGACAGCGUAGACUGGCACAGCGACGAUGAGCCCUCGCUGGGCAAAAACCCUGUCAUUGCCUCCCUCAGCUUCGGUGCUACCCGGACCUUUGAGAUGAGGAAGAAACCCUCCCCUGAAGAGAAUGGAGACUAUACUUACGUGGAAAGACUCAAAAUCCCACUUGAUCACGGGACUCUGCUGAUGAUGGAAGGAGCUACCCAGGAGGAUUGGCAGCAUCGAGUGCCAAAGGAAUAUCAUUCUAGAGACGCGCGGAUAAACUUGACGUUUAGGAUCAUUUACCCCGAACCUGCUGGAGUUUGGAAGUGAGGAAGGUGCCUUGGGGCCUUGUUGGGUGUAAACACACGGCAGAUCCGGAGUCUCCGAUCGCUCCAGCUUUGAAGGAAGCCUUGGGAGGAGCAGAGCUCUGUGAAAUACCUGAUGGGGAAAAGGAAUCUCUGUUAUAAAGAUCUUUGACAGUCAGGAGCUGCCUGUGUUAUGUGGGAAGGUGCUGGUUUCUUUUUGGAGAUGACAUGCUGUUAGAUGAUACUCCAUCUAAUCAGUUUGUGAAAAAAACAGUGAUUGUCCUUAAAAGAACACAAAGCACGUGAAAGAUCUGAGAGGUACCAACUGAAGCAGCCAGAUUCAGUGAGAGGUUAUUUUUUGCACCUUCUCUUGCCUCCCCCUUUCCCCCCAAAUAGAGAUCUGUGUUUUAA